CAGGACAAAAAUUCUUAGCCUCGAAGGAUAUCCUCGGGGCUUUGCAACCUCUCGGUGCCCAUUCCCGUACUCGAGUAUUCUACUCCGUAUUCGUGGCAGGUUAGGAUGUACCAAUACAACUCUUGGCUAAGCCUACCAGUACCUGUUUUGCCGUUUCCUACCCCGGGGUCCACGUCAAGGCUACCUUGUUACGCACUAUCUCGUUGCCCGUUUAGGCAUCUCGGUCUACGAUGCCGUCAAAUAAAGACUGGCUCUAUGUCAUCCUUUACGUUCGCGGUCGAAAGUCGAAAAUGCCGGGGCUAGAAGACAUGUUAAGUCUGGAUACUUACAUCUGGGCAUUUAUUCAUGGCCCAGAGGCUGAGGCAGACGACAAGUCAGGUUGUCGAUUUCACGUUAGAGACAGACUGGACUUUUCGAGCGGAUCUCCGGUGGCAGUAUGGGAGUUUGAGGAGCGAGAUAUUCCCCGUCAGCCGACCGCAAGACUUCUUGUCCGAAUCAUGAUCCGGUAAUCACCUGGCUCCUGCGGCAUAAGAUUAUGACUCCAACCUCUCCACCCUUUCAAAAGAACAAGAAUAGAAGAAUAACGUAAACGGCCUGGGACGGAGGAAAUUGAUGGUUCUAACAGGUCCCCCAAGCCUUUGACAGCUCUCCAUC